AUGGCGGAAAAGGAUAAGGACUUAAUGGAGUACUUCUUGGAGAACGACGAUGAAUGUGACGUUGAGGAUAACAGAAAUACGAGCGAUGAAGAAGAAGAAGAAGAAGAAGAAGAAGGAGGAGGAGAUGAAAUUGUUGCUCAGAAAUCACCUUCUUCGUCGUCUUCAUCUCCAUUCUUCUCUCAGCAAUGGCCACAGAGUUUCAGGGAAACAACUGACUCGUAUUCAAUUGCUGCAUCACCUAACGUAGGACUUCUGCGACGUGGAUCUAGUGUCGCAUUGUCACCUUCUGAUGCGAAUAUUAAAAGAUACAUAAACUCUGAUGAGAAGACACAUUUGCUGCCUCAAGCUAUCAAACACGGCAAGAAGGACUUCUUGGAUGGGAUCCCAAUAAAACAGUCAUCCUUCUCUGAAAAGGCCUCAUUGCAUGAAAAAGUCACUGGGGAGCUUCCUAUUAGCCAUGGAUGUAACCUGACACAAACUGUAUUCAAUGGGCUCAAUGUGAUGGCUGGAAUCGGGCUUCUUUCUACUCCUUUCACAGUCAAAGAAGCUGGCUGGGCUAGCAUAGCGGUGUUGGUUGCUUUUGCUGUUAUUUGUUGCUAUACAGCUUCUCUUAUGAAGCGCUGUUUUGAGAGCAGAGAAGGCAUGACAACCUACCCUGACAUGGGUGAAGCUGCAUUUGGAAGAUAUGGACGGAUUAUCACAUCUAUCCUUUUGUUUACGGAAUUAUAUACAUACUGCGUGGAGUUUAUCAUUUUGGAGGGGGAUAAUCUCACAACGCUGUUUCCUGGAGCUUCCUUCAACUGGAAUGGUUUAAAGCUAGACUCUACCCAUUUAUUUGGGGUUCUCACAGCUCUGGUAGUUCUACCAACUCUUUGUCUGAGGGAUGUUCGACUAAUAUCAUAUCUUUCAGCAUGUGGAGUUGUUGCAACUAUAGUCAUUGUGGUUUCUGUAGCUUUACUCACUAUAGUAGAUGGAGUUGGAUCACCCCAGACAGGUCAAUUGGUAAAUUGGAGUGGUAUUCCUUUUUCCAUUGGUGUAUAUGGAUUUUGUUAUGCUGGCCACUCUGUCUUUCCCAAUAUUUACCAAUCAAUGGCUGAUAAAAAGAAAUUUACAAAGGCAAUGACUAUAUGCUUUAUUUUGUGUGUUGCAAUGUAUGGGAGUGUUGCAGUUAUGGGAUAUCUCCUGUUUGGUGAUAAUACAUUGUCUCAGAUCACUCUAAACAUGCCACGUGAUUCUAUUGCUUCAAAAAUUGCAGUGUGGACAACAGUUAUCAACCCUUUCACAAAAUAUGCCCUGAUGAUAAAUCCACUGGCUAGAGCCGUGGAGGAGUUGCUGCCUGAGAGAAUCUCCAGUAGUUUCUGGUGUUUUGUUCUGCUAAGGACAGCACUUGUAGCUUCAACCGUUUGUGUCGCAUUCCUUCUUCCUUUCUUCGGCCUUGUGAUGGCUUUAAUCGGGUCUCUCCUCAGUAUACUACUGGCGGUUAUUAUGCCAACAUUGUGUUUUCUGAAGAUCCUGGAUAAGAAAGUGACAACCGUACAGAGGGCUGCUAGCAUCACUGUUGUGGUUUUGGGUAUCAUAAGUGCAGCUCUGGGGACAUACUCUUCAGUAUCGAAAAUCGCAAAGCAAUACUGAAAGCCAGGACAAAGAACAAUUUCUUCUGCUCUCUUCAGUGUUUUAGCUGAUAUUGACGUUUUCUGUUUUUCCUAGAAUAACUGUCAUCGACUGUCUUAGCGUACGUGAACGGUAUGAAGGACAAAAUUAUUCUUGCUUUUGCUUGAGCAGAUGGUUACUACUUUCUAUUGUUGUUGUAGUAGUAGUAGUGCUACUACUAAUAUCAAUUUUGGUAUAAUUGAAAGGAAUAUAGAUGGAAUUUAAGAUCUCUUAUAUAUAAUCUUGCAUUUA